AUGGAAUUAUUCAGAGACUACCUACGAGAACAAGCCAAAUUCUACUGUCCACCCGUCAACAGUCGCCAGACGGGAUCCGCUGCCGUGACCGAUGUCGAACUUCAGCAAGUGUUGUCCAGCUGGGAGUCGGAUGAAACAGAAUUUGAGGCUCGCCGUGAUGCACAGUUGGUUGAUGCUCUGAUCAAUGUUCUCAAUGACCAGCUUGGUGAGGAUCCUGUUCCUGAACCUAUUAAUGGAAGAUUCCAGCAACUCUAUGCCGACGAAGCGACCGGUAAUCAUAGAAUUAGAAACGAAGUGGAUGCAAGAGCCUGUGUAGAUCGUGGGCAGCUAAUCAUACUGAACCGGAUCAUGUCAUCUUACGAGAAUCCCAUUGAUAUCGACCGUGAAUGUUCACCUCCGAAUGUCAGGUCCAAGGUAGACUUCGUGUUAUCCAUGACGGAGGGCAAGAAGGCUCUGGUUGAAGUAAAGGCUCCAAGUGUCUUCGACCUCGCUGCAGAAGAAUUUUAUAGACUAUUCAAUGACGAAGUCGGCCUCCGGGUACCAUUGAAUUUGAGGUCGCCCGACACAGGAAUGAAAGUCAUUGUCAAGGCGUAUGUGUACAUGGUCUUGUACAAAGUAGAAUGGCUCGCGUUGACGUGUUACACGAAUUGGGUGUUCCUCCGACUCCAUAGUCGCGGUGCAGGCGAAGUACCAUACAUGACAUAUUCGACCAUCGAAGAGCAACUAGACAAUACUAGGCCGUUCCGUGCGUUGCUCGGGAUGAUGAUGGCCAUUGCAAGGGAUAUCGAUGUCCCCUCCAACGCCAACAUGGAUGGGCAGCUUCGGCCAGCUCCAGUAUCCGUAAUUGAGGGACAGUCUAAUGGACCCGAACCGCCGGAGCAGCGCGAUCCAUCUUUUAAAGGUCGAGGCCAAGUGACAAGGGAUGAGCCACCGGAAACUCGGUCUCGUAGUAGGCGUGGCAAUUUAUUAGCUUUGUCUCCUGGCUUUCUUAUCACGUGGGCACCAAAAACCAUGUCGAAUAAGAAGUGGCUUGAAUUUCAUGCUGUGGACACUGAUACAUUCCCGCCUUUGAACAAGGGCACCAUUCGACUCCAUGUCCAGCGCGGCAUUGGAUAUGGGUCAACCGGGACUGUUUUCGAGGUGAUUCCUGAUGGCGACGAACACAAUGGAGCUUUAGAAUCUCGGAGAUAUGCAAUAAAAACGAUUGGGAAGGGUGAGACAGACCAAGAGAAAGGUUGUACUCGACGUCUGCUCAACGAACUCGCUAUAUAUCGCCGCAUCGGUCAGGCAUCCUCAGUGUCUAUGAAGAUUGUACCGCAGUGUUAUGGACUUUUCGAAUCAACGCGAACGCUAGCAUUGGUGAUGGAUUAUGAAGGAGAUGUGCUCAGCCGUGAUGAGAAUUGGCCAGAACUGACACGCGAUGAGAGGCGUGGACUGUACGAAGCAAUAUUGACACUUCACAAACUUGGGGUUUAUCAUGGCGACUUGGAACCGCGAAACAUUGUCCGUGACAGUAACGGCUCGUUCAAAAUCAUUGACUUCACAUCGAGCACGUUACAUAAUUGUAGCCAGCGUAAUGGUUGCACAGAGUUGGCUCGAGUAAGAAGGCAGCUCAGAUUGUAUGAUGAACGGGUCCAACUUCCAGAAAGGCGUUUUGCUCGUUCGUCUUCACCUUUCCAUAAUGUUAUGUAA